AUGGACACGUGUCUGGAACUCAAGCUCCGUGUUGGAAAAGACAUGGUUUUCUACAACUACAAUGACUGCUGGGAAGAAAGGAACAAGUGCAGCCACAAAGAGACCAGACUCAUCCCACGCAAUGAGGGAGCAGCGUCUACAGUCAGAGCUCUAUCAGACUGUUGUGAGCCGCUGCUCCUUCGCGUCAAGAAGAACCGUUUGAGAUGCAGUGGGGCCUCCACCCGCGCUCAGCACCACAGAGAGCCACACCCCCUGCUCCUGACCACAGCCCACCAGUGA